UCAAAGUGAAAACGGGAAAGAAAAAACACAACAGACAGUUUGAAACCUGAAAGAAACAGAGAGACUCGCUCGAUCAAAAGACAAAAAUGGGUAAUAGCUUAAGGUGCUGUUUGGCUUGUGUUCUUCCUUGUGGAGCUCUAGACUUGAUCCGAAUAGUCCACUUGAAUGGCCACGUUGAGGAGAUUACAGGUCCGGUCACAGCCGCCGAGAUCCUCAAUGCCAAUCCCAAUCACGUCCUCAGCAAACCAUGCUCGCAGGGCCAAUUGCGUAAAAUACUAAUCCUCUCACCGGAGUCAGAGCUCAAGCGAGGCAGCAUAUACUUCUUGAUUCCGUCUUCUUCGUUGCCGGAGAAGAAGAAGUCCUCCUCCUCCAAGAAGAGCAAAAAAUGUAACCACAAUGAUUUAGCGGUGGAGAUUUGCGAUGUAAAUUCGGAAAAGAAGUCCGGUCGUCGGGGUCGUCGGGCUAGUCGUGACAUGGUGUGGCAGCCUCAUCUGGGAAGCAUCACAGAGGACUAACAGCUUUUUCCCUGAUGCCGGAAUCUUGUAUUUGCAGUGGAGGCCAUGGUUUAAAUUCAUUUUGUGGGGUUCUUU